AGGAAAGGAACGCAGCGAUGCCAAGGUUCGUUCCAGGAGGGGAAAAACAGGGCAUGGACAAUCUUCAGCCGAGUAACGGCGGAUCCACCGAUUCCGGUACCGUAGAAAUCGGGAAGAGAGAAAGAGAAGUAAUGAAUCAACUGAAAACAGGGGAGAGCAGUUCCAAAUUGGUCGGGAAAAAGCGACAGAACGUUGAGCUUAAGGCCAAAAAAUUUUUGAAGCAAUGGAAGAAGGUUAAGAAGAGUGCGGAGGAGAAAGUGGCUUACUCGAGGACGGAAAUGGAGAACAUGGUUGUUGCUGCUGACGAGAAGGAAAAGGAGGUUAAACUGGAGAAGGAGAAACGGGAUGGAGUUCUCGCUGCUAUGCUGCUUAUGUUAGGAACAGAGCACGUCCUUAUGCAGGCCCUGUUUCCCCCAAGCGGGAACUGCUAAAUCCAAAGUUCAAUGUCUUUUAUUCGGCUGCUUCCUACUUUCAGUUUAAUUUAUUACGCUGCUUUUGGUGUGCCCUUAUCCCGCUUUUUCCUUUUAGUUAUAUGUUAUAAGCUGUAAGGCUUUGUCUUCUUAUGAGUGUUCAAGUAUUUAGAAUAAUUUUUUUUUUCUGAA